UCUCUUAAUUUUAAUAUAAAUGAUUAGUCGUCUUAUUAUCAUUUAGAUCUGUGAGAUUUUUUCAGUAAUUUCCAACUUAAUGCUCAGAGGUUAAUCUUUUUCUAUCCUAUCAUGUACCUAAAUUAGUUAACCAGACCCACCAUCUCAAUCACUUUUUUACUUACCAUGAGGUUGAUCUAUUCAACCAUACAAUGCUUUAAAUAACAAAUAUACAAAACAAUCACAAAGUUCAAAAUUUGCUUCUGUUUCUGUUACAUGUUGUUGCCUGUAAUGGUUCCCUCAAGAUUGAUAUUGUUUCUUUUCUCCAUCUUCAUUCUUAUCAGCAACUUUGCAAGCUCCCAACAAGGAACUGCUAAUCACUUUUGCUUGAAUGAAAAGGGGAACUAUACAACUAACAGUACCUACCAGGCAAAUCUCAACAGCCUCCACUCCUCCCUCUCCUCCAAUUCAGAAACCAGCUCAGGAUUCUAUAACAUCUCUGUUGGCCAAGGUUCUGAUGAAGUUCAUGCAAUUGCACUCUGCAGAGGUGAUUUGAGUCAAGAUACUUGUCUUGAAUGCAUAAACAGUGCUAUUGACGAGCUUAUAACUCUCUGUCCAAGGCAGAAGGAGGCAAUUCUAUGGUAUGAUAGGUGUAUGUUCCGUUACUCAAAUCGUUCUCUCUUUGGAGUUAUGGAAACCUCUCCAGAAAGGACACUAGUGAACCCUGAGAAUGCGUCAGAUGCCCAACAGUUCACUAAUGACUUGAGUGACUUGUUGGCUAGCUUGAGAGACAAGGCUGCUUCAGGUGGUUCUGCUAGAAAAGUUGCAGGAAAUAGCACUAGUGGUCCUCUUUUGCAGACAAUAUAUGCACUCGUGCAGUGUACUCCUGAUUUAUCCGAGGAGGAGUGUUUAGGUUGUAUAAAUGGAGCUUUUGACCAAAUUUCUGGUUUUCUAGGGAGAAAAGGAGCUCAGGUGCUCAGGCCCAGCUGCAAAAUCAGGUUCGAGACUGAACCUUUUUUUGAUGCUAUAUUAGUGGAUCAAGAACCAGUUGCACCACAAGGAAAUAGGAAUAACUCAUCUAGGAAAAUCAUCGUGGUCGUGAUACCAACUGUUGCUGCUGUUAUAAUUAUUAUCUGCAUAGGCAUCUGCAUCUUCUUUAAAAUUAGGAAACCAAAGAAAAGUGUUAAAGCACAUGUGGAUGAAAUUGAUAAACCUGAAUCCCUGCAAUAUGACUUCGACACCAUUCAAUCUGCAACUGAUAACUUUUCAGAAACGAACAAGCUUGGAGAGGGAGGAUUUGGUUCUGUUUACAAGGGUCAGCUUCCGAAUGGGCAAAAGAUAGCCGUAAAAAGAUUGUCUGUUGGGUCUGGACAAGGAGAUCUGGAAUUUAAGAAUGAGGUCCUGUUAGUGGCCAAGCUUCAACACCGCAAUUUAGUUAGGCUCUUAGGAUUCUGCUUGGAAAGAAGUGAAAGAAUUCUCAUCUAUGAGUUCAUGCCUAAUGCAAGCCUUGAUUACUUCUUAUUCCACCCAACCAAGCGUGAACGAUUAGACUGGGACAACCGGUACAAAAUCAUCGGAGGCAUUGCUCGAGGACUACUUUAUCUACAUGAAGAUUCCAGACUACGGAUUAUUCAUCGUGAUCUCAAGGCAAGCAAUGUUCUGUUAGAUGCAGAGAUGCUCCCCAAAAUAGCAGACUUUGGCAUGGCAAGAAUGUCUGAACUAGACGAAACGCAGGGAAACACCAGUAGAAUUGUCGGCACCUAUGGAUAUAUGGCUCCAGAAUAUGCAAUGCACGGGCAGUUCUCAGUAAAAUCAGAUGUCUACAGCUUUGGUGUGUUAGUUCUAGAAAUUGUUAGCGGUCAAAAGAAUAGUUGUUUUCGUGUGGGGGAGAAUGUUGGAGACCUUCUAAGCUACGCCUGGAGAAAUUGGAGGGAAGGUACAGCAGCUGAUCUUAUAGAUCCUGCAGUUAGGGAUGGACCAAGGAAUGAUGUAAUGAGAUGCAUCCACAUUGGGUUACUUUGUGUCCAAGAAAAUGUAGCUGACAGGCCAACUAUGGCCUCUGUAGUUCUGAUGCUCAACAGCUACUCUCUCACUCUCCCUGUGCCUUCUCAGCCGGCAUUUUUUAUGCACAGCAUCCUUGAAUCCAGCAUGUCAUCCUCCUCCCUUGGUUAUCCCAAUUCAAGAGUCACUUGCACUAGCAAUUCUAAAAGUGAAACUCUCCCCUUGUCAAGGAAUGAGGCUUCCAUUACAGAGCUUAUGCCUCGAUGAUGGUAUUACGCAUGUAACAUUUCUAUACUUGAUUACUUGUAUAUUUCAAUUAUCCUGAUAUAAAAGAAUAUACAAAUAUAUUUCUAUUCUUGCUUUCAUGAUUGCACGGAAAAAUC